AGACAUCACACCACGACCGAAAGCUCGCCACUCUCCUACUACUGCCCUUCCACCACGAGCCGGAGCCCAGGUGCAGCGAGCCCGAUGGCGUCGCCGCCACUGCCGGCCGACGUGGACCUGGGCAAGCUGAGCUACGAGAUCUUCUCGCUGCUCGAGAGCAAGUUCCUCUUCGGCGGGGUUGGUUCGGUGCCGGGAACGCCGGGGCGGGCGGUUCUUGGAGGAGGAGGUGGAGGAGGGGAGGGAGGGAGGGUGAGGGUGGUGGCCAUUGACGGGUGCGGGCCGGGGCCCGGGGACGCGUUGCUUGCGGCGGCGGCGCUGGCGAGGCUGGAGGCCGCGCUGAGGGCGCGGGCGGGGGACCCCGACGCGCGCGUCGCGGACUUCUUUGACGCCGCGGCGGGGACGGGGGCCGGGGGCGUGCUGGCGGCGAUGCUGUUCUUGAAGGGGGAGGAUGGGAGGGCGAGGUACACGGCGGCGGACGCGCUGGCGUUCGUGGCGGCGAGCCUGGGGAAGGGCGGGUGGGGCGGGGGUGCGGGUGGCGGCGGGCGCCGCAGCUGGUGGACGGCGCUGUUCCGGCGCGGGGAGAAGUCGCCGCUGCGGCGGGUGUUCGGGGACGCGACGCUCAGGGACACUGUGGCGCCGCUGCUGGUGCCCUGCUACGACCUCGCGACCGCGGCGCCGUUCCUCUUCUCCCGCGCCGACGCCAUCGAGAGCGACAGCUUCGACUUCCGCCUCCGCGACGUCUGCGCGGCCACCUGCGCCGUCGGGGCCGCGGCCGCCGCCGUCCGGUCGUUGGACGGUCGCACGGCCAUCGCCGCGGCAUCCGGGGGCGUGGCCGCCAUGGGCAACCCCACCGCCGCCGCCAUCACACACGUGCUCCACAACAAACAGGAGUUCCCCCUCGCCGCCGGCGUCGAUGACCUCCUCGUCGUGUCCAUCGGCUCCGGAUCCUCUGCCGCCCCCACCGCCGGCUGGCGAACGCCGAUCCCCCAGCGCUCGCCAUCGCCGGCGGAGAUGGUCCGCCUCACCGCCGAGGGCGUCGCCGACAUGGUCGACCAAGCAGUGGCCAUGGCGUUCGGGCACACGUGCGGGCGCAACUACGUUCGCAUCCAAGCGGCGUCCCCGGCGUGCUCCGGGAAGGCGCUGAGCUCGCUGGACGCGAAGAAGGCGGUGGCGGUGGCCGACGGCAUGCUGACGCAGCGGAACGUGGAGGCGGAGCUCUUCCGCGGGCGGCGGCUGUCGGAGAAGUCGAACCGUGAGAAGCUGGACGCGUUCGCAGCGGAGCUUGUGAAGGAGCACGAGCGGCGGGCCCGCAGUCCGGGCCUCGCCAACGUGGUCAUCAAGCAGGCGGCCACGCCGCGGCUGUCGUCGGCCACCACCGCCUCCUCCGCCACCGCCACCGGCCGGACCGUGUCCACCAUGCCGUCGCCGGCGUCGCAGAGCUCCUGCCGUUGCUAGCCACCGUGGUCGCCGGAGAGGACCGCACGUCCGUUCUAAGUUUUGUACAUUCCGUCGACAGAGGAAAGGGGCCUGUGCUUCUUCCUUUGUUUCUUUUUUUUUUUUUUUUUUCCCACUGACACGUGGGGCAGCCCGUGGACGAGCUUGAACUAAGUUAUGCGAUUAGUGAUUAGUAACUUAUAUCUGAAUGGAGAAAAGUGCAAUAUUCAUCGAGUUUCAAA